AUGGAAUAUACCUGCACCACCCUAUCAUGCGCAAACUGUGGUAAAUCGGCAGUGAAAAGAUGCACCGGCUGUUUGAAUGCACCAGAGUAUCAUCCCGGCGAUGCCCCGGCGAUCGCCUAUUGCGAUUCCAAAUGCCAGCGGCAGCACUGGCCGACGCAUAAGACGCAGUGCCACGUGUUGAAGAAGCGAUUGAUGCUACUCCGAGUUGCUACCCUUUUGAAGACCGCCUUCUUAGCUUACCGGGAAUACGUGUUCGACCUCCCACUAACGGGAGUCGAGCAUAAGGAGGGCGCCCUCCACUUACACCUGAACCCGAAGAUCCCAUUUCGUCCCUGGUAUCAGCCAUUUCCGAGCAAUCUGGCAAUUAACACCCGACAUAAAGAGGCAGUUUUGGCAAUUAGCCAAUGCACAACUGCCCUAUGUCUUCUUGGUCCCUUUGCUCGUUUUCUUCUUGAAGGACUUGCAUCGAUGUUAAAGGCUGUCGAUGUAAACUUGCAACCAAUACUUCCGUGGAAGGUUGUAUGGCACUGCGAUUCUGGAGAGGAACCGGAAAACAUAUCAUGUACCACGCCAGCGCACAGCAUCCUGCUUGUCUGGUUAGGUAGUGAAGGAUGGGUUAUCGACGUAACAGGAUGCCAGUUCGGCUUGCGGGACGUUCUUGUCCCGUUAGACAGUUACUUCAAGAAAAGGGUGCGACGCCUCGUUCAUGGACCAUUCGUUUAUACCGAACACGAAACAAGUGACCUCGACGUGUUCGACGACGGCCUAUCUCUUAACAAUACCUAUAGCAAACGUCUGAGAGCCACACACGAGCGAGCCGCCCGCUUGCACUUUGCGAAGGUUGUCCAGAAACGCUUUGACUGCUACGAAUCCCCACGCUCCUCGAAAGAACUCCUGGGCGGCACUGCCAAGGAAUUCCAUACUAAACUUGCUUUCUUCGAGAGCGAUUUGAAAACACACAUGGCGAGUUUUGUGAACUUGGCUUUUGGGAGGGAAUGUUUAGAUGACUUAGAUUAA